UUUUGACCGUCAUCGUCUCACCAUUCUGGAAAUUGUUAGGUCAAAAGAGCACAUAAUUCAGUGCUGAAUUUUCUGUUUUGAUUUACAAAGAAGUUUACAUAAUGGAAAUAUUAAAGGAUUCCGGACUUUGUUGAAACGGCAACAUAAAAACUGGCUAAUGACAAAAGAAAGACAGCGUUUAGCCCUAAUAUUUCUUUGGAUGGCAUGAACCUUUCUCCUCUGAAACAAUAUGAAUCAUAGAUGGGCUCCAAAUACCUGGCUGAAAAUAAACAGAGCAUCUCUUAUGUGGCAAACCCAUGCUCACAAGUCAUCAGCAUCACUUCCUUUGUCUGGUACCUCUCACUGUAGGAUUCAUGUGGCACUACCUGUUUCCUACAACCCUGGCUGUACCAACUUGAGGCACAUAAAUCACCUGAGGAUCAGAGGCCGAAAGGGAUGGGUCUUUAAAGCUAACCAGGUUAGGCAACGGCUGGGACUCCACACCAGCGCCCUGUAUUUGAACACUUCAGCCUCAAGGUGGUCUGUCAGUCUAAGUCAACACAUGUCGCGGGUCAGGAGCACACUGGACACAGUUUCUAAAGCUGUGAGUGGGACAGAGCUUCUGUCCAAAAUCUCCCGUCUCAAACCUAAUGGUCUAAAGGCAAGUAAAAAGGCUGAGGCAAGUGAUGACUUGCAACCAAAAGUUGAGUCAGCUUCUGUUCCCACAAAUGAUGCUCUCCCUCUUGCAUCUACUCCAUCCAAACCUGUAAUAGACUCAUCUUCUGCCAAUCCGUCUCUUUCCUCUUCUGCUGCUGCAUUUGAUGCAGGUGCCACUACCUCCAUUCAGCCUCAAAGUUCUGCCCAAGUCGCUGCUGCAGUCUUGACUGUGCGUGAAGUUCAGGAGAAAAGGCUGAGACGUGUCAUUCCUCUUGUCAAAGCUAGUUGUGCCAGGAAGCCAGAGGAAUGCCCAUUAUCACCGAAAGACACUGAAAAUAAAAGCACAGCUUCCAAAGAAACCACAGCACUUUUCCACCCCAGCACCUUCUCAGCCAGCCUGGAUGAAACCUACAACUACCUAGCUCAUCACAUCAACUCCUACUUUGGCAGUAGCACAAAGGCUCAGGUCAAGAAAGGGGACAAUGUUGAAAACACCUCUGCUUCAUCUCAGGAUCAACAAACCUCAAACCUCAUGGUGGUGUCUGAUAAAACAGACCCUGCUGCCCCAGUCACCCAACCGUCCUCCAAAAAAAGUUUAGGACAGUACCUGUCCUAUUCAGCUCCCACCGUGCAGGCAUUUGUUGGGAACUACAUUGCUCCUCUUGUUCCUAAGUUCAGAACAGGAGAGUCCAAAAGUGCUGCAGUGGAGGAAAGGAAGCCUGAGGAGGUGUCAGUAAAACAGGCUGAGGUCACAAUCGGUAAAGAGCAGAUGGCUGCAGAGGAGAAAGCCAAAAAACUUCUUCUUCAACGAGAAAAGAUCAUUGCUAGGGUGAGUGUGGACAACCGAACUCGGGCUCUGGUCCAGGCUCUCUACAGAGCAUCAGAUGUUAGGGUCUACAUCAGCAGGGUGGAGGACUUAAGCUACCAUUUAUUGGAGUUCCCAGAAACUCGUGGUAUUGCCAUCAAGGAGAAGGUUGUCCCUUGCCUCCUCCGCCUGAAGCAGGCCACCGACCCGGGCUUAAGGGCAGCCGUCAGAGAAGCCCUGGCACUGGUUGGCCAUCAUAAACCUGUUAGAGGCAGAGGCGUACGGAUUUUAUCCAUCGAUGGAGGAGGUUUAAGGGGACUUCUUGCUCUUCAGACUUUACACAAGCUGGAAUCCCUGACUGGCAAACCUAUUUACAAACUGUUUGACUAUAUUUGUGGUGUCAGCACAGGUGCUGUCCUAGGGUUCAUGCUCGGUGUGCACCAAAUCCCUGUGAAAGAGUGUGACGAUCUUUACCGGAAGCUAGGUGCAGAUGUUUUCAAGCAGAACGUGAUUGUAGGCACGGUCAAGAUGGGCUGGAGCCAUGCUUUUUAUGACAGCGAAGCCUGGGAGAACAUCCUCAAGGAGAAAAUGGGCUCUCAACUUUUGGUGGAGACAUCAAGAAACCCUGAAUGUCCUAAGGUGACAGCUGUGAGCACCAUUGUGAACAGGGGCCUUCCUCUGAAGGCCUACGUGUUCAGGAACUACAAUCUGCUGCCUGGGGUGCGCUCACACUACAUGGGGGGAUGCCAGCACCAGCUGUGGCAGGCGGUCCGUGCCACAUCAGCAGCUCCUGGGUAUUUCCAGGAGUUUGCACUAGGAGAUGAUCUCCACCAGGAUGGAGGUCUGCUGAUUAACAACCCCACUGCUCUUGCAAUCCAUGAGUGUAAGUGCUUGUGGCCCAACACGCCCUUGGAGUGUGUGGUCUCACUCGGUACAGGCCGUUUUGAAACUCCUGGGAAGAACAGCACCACGUAUACGAGUCUGAAAACCAAACUCACAAAUGUCAUCAGCAGCGCCACAGACACUGAGGAGGUUCACGCUAUGCUUGACGCCUUCCUCCCUGCAGACACUUACUUCCGCUUCAACCCCUUCCUGAACGAAGAUAUCUCCAUGGACGAGAGCCGACAGGAGAAGCUCAACCAGCUGCAGGCAGACGGCAUCCGUUAUUUGGAUAGGAAUGAGGAAAAACUAAACAAGGUUGCUCGCAUCCUUACUCAAGAGAAAAGCUCCAUCCAGAGGAUGGCUGACUGGGCCAGGCUCAGGGUUGACAUGUAUAAUGGUCUAUCCUCUAAGUUUUAGAUCCAGUACAUUUCAUUUGCCUGUAUUUACACAAAACUCCGUCCUUGUUCAAAAUUUACAAAAAAAAAAAAAAAAGGUCAUGCAGCCUUGGUUCAUGUGUCAUAGUUGAUGUCUUUGUGACCAGUAGCUCUAAAAAAAAAAAAAAAAACAUUGUGUAAAUGCAUCUAACAUGCCAAAUGUUACCCUGUUUAUCCACAUUAGCAGAUAUUUUUAAUGGUAAUGUGCCAACCGCUUUGGCAUUUACCACAUUAGCAAUUUCCACUGCAAACUACUUUGGAAGCAUUUACCAAAAGCAUUUACCUUGAUAUUGAUUUAAUAUUCAACUUAGCUUAAUUUUAAAAAAGUUUAAAUAACCUCUAGAUUUCAAACUCCUGAAACGGAAGAUUAAUAUCAGCUAAACAUCAGCUGCCAAAUGCAUUGACGGGAAGAGUUCACAAUUUGGGGCAAUAUGCUUCACCACUUUCUUGCCCAGAUCAGUGCAGUUGUUGCAUGGUAAAUCUGAAGUCAGAGCCAGCAGAACGCUGGCUUUGCUUAGAGUAAAGACUGGAAUUAGAGGAACAACAAGGCAGAAACUGCCAUUGACCUAAAGCUAAAUGAAGCUAACCUACUGCUGGCACCAACUCCAUACUUAACCAUGUUAAUAAGUUAGAGUUCUGAUAGUACUUUAUAAUAAAUAUCUUCUCGUGUUGUUCUUUCAGAAGGGAACCAUAAACAACAAAAUAUUGUACAAUGGCGUUACAAGUUUUUUUUUUGUUUUGUUUUGUUUUUUUUGUUGUUUUUUUUUUUAACAAGUCAGCACUUUUUAAUCAUUAGCUUUUCUUUAAAAGCUUUUUUUUAAAAAAAAAAAAAAAAAGAGAGAAAAUACAACCAUUAUAUCCUCACAAACCUGUGUUUCUAAUCACUAAUAAUUCAAAGUUGGACUAUACAAUGUGUGUUAUUAAAAUGUAUAUUUGUUAAGCUGAGAUACCAAGCUGCAGCAUUGUAAAACAAAACUGUACUGAAUGUAAAUGUUCCAAUCAAGACUGAAUUGAGCACCUAAAGUGCAUGUAACAUGUUUCAGCUGAAAUUACUAUAAUUUGCACAUUUAAUAAUGCAGCUAAUUUUAAACUGUAACUGAGUAAGAUUAUUAGAUGAGGGCCCACUUCAGGCAUUAAAGUAUUAUGUGUAAUUCUAACAUACAUACAUAGCAAUUUUUAAAUAAUAUGUAUGACAUAUGAAAGGAUCUAAAUGGAAUCUGUCAUGAGGAUGCUGUAUUGUUAAGUUCACUUGUUUCAGAUGCUUUUAUGUCUGCUUGAUUGUUUGGUUUUAUGGUUUCCCUGCAGGCCAUUCACAUCUUCUGCUCUGUCUUUGGUGUGCCCUUCUUUCCUUUGAUGCCUUUUCUCGAAAGCCUCUUUCACCCUUUCCCACCUUUAGCAGCAUUUUUUACUUGCCACUCUUCUGUGCUAUGCAUGCAGGUUAUAUUUGAAGGAUUUUAUUAAAAUAGCUUGCUUGUGUUGAGUUAGAAAGGUGGGGGGAAAAAAAGGUCUUCAUUUGCUGCUACAUGCACUGCAGAGAUCUAUUUCAAUGCCUAACCAAGUCAAGUACUGUAUAACGGACACAAUGAUCUGUGAGUUACUCCCAGGGGGACCUGAAGUAAAAUGGUUACUGAUAUCAGCCAGAUUAAUGUAAUUCCAGUGUUCUCCUGUUGGUCCUGUGUAAAGUCUGUUUGAGAGUGUAAUUAUAAAACCCUUCUCUGAA